GAGAUUAAUAUUAGUAUAAAUUGGACUUUCUUUAAAGAAGAAGAGAAAGGAAGACAGAAAGAAAGAAAGAAACCUGCAGACCAAAGAGAAGAAGAGGUCUACUACUCCCAUGGCGCACAAUAACAUCCCUCCGAUCGACCCCAGAAGUGGCUUCUGCAAAUCAGACUCCAUCUUCUACAGCAAACGCAACCCCAUCCCGUUGCCUCCCAACGACUCCCUCGAUGUCACCACCUUCAUCUCCUCCCGGGCCCACCCAGGCAAGAUCGCCUUCAUCGACGCCUCCACCGCCCGCCACCUCACCUUCGCUGAGGUCUGGAUGGCCGUCGAUUCCGUCGCCUCCUCUCUCUCUUCCAUGGGGAUCCGCAAAGGCCACGUCAUCCUCCUCCUCUCCCCGAACUCCAUCUUCUUCCCCAUUGUCUGCCUCUCUGUCAUGUCUCUCGGAGCCAUAAUCACCACCACAAACCCCCUCAACACAACUCGCGAAAUCGCCAAGCAAAUCUCCGAUUCCAACCCCGUCCUCGCCUUCACCACUCCUCAACUCAUCCCCAAACUCGCCGACUCCAACCUCCCGAUCGUACUCAUCGGCGGCGAUCAAAACCCUCCCAAUUCCAAAAUAGUGACUACAUUGGAAGACAUGAUGAAGAAACAACCGAGCGAGAGCCGAGUCAAGGAGCGAGUGACUCAGGACGACACGGCGACUCUGCUUUACUCGUCCGGAACAACCGGAGCGAGCAAAGGAGUAGUGUCCUCGCAUCGAAACCUCAUCGGCAUGGUUCAGACGAUCUUGAGUCGGUUCAAUCUAGAAGCCGGAUAUCAAACUUUCAUCUGCACCGUCCCUAUGUUUCACAUCUACGGCUUAGCAGCGUUCGCGACGGGGUUGCUAGCAUCAGGAUCAACGAUUGUAGUUCUCUCGAGAUUCGAAAUGGACGAGAUGUUGUCAGCGAUCGGGAAGUACCGCGCCACGUAUCUCCCUCUAGUGCCGCCGAUACUCAUAGCGAUGGUGAACGGGGCGGAUCAGAUACGGCGGAAGUACGAUUUGGGGACGUUGCAAUCGGUUUUGUCGGGAGGAGCGCCGUUGAGUAGGGAGGUGAUAGAGGGGUUUGCGGAGAGGUAUCCGACGGUUGGGAUUCUACAGGGGUAUGGGUUGACGGAAUCGACGGGGAUUGGGGCGUCCACGGAUUCGCUGGAGGAGAGUAGAAGGUACGGGACGGCGGGGUUGUUGUCGCCGAGUAUGGAGGCCAAGAUUGUUGAUCCGGACACUGGAGAGGCCUUGCAGGUUAAUCGGACGGGUGAGCUUUGGCUCAGAGGUCCCACCGUUAUGAAAGGUUAUUUUAGUAAUGCUGAAGCGACUGCAUCAACUCUAGAUUCAGAAGGAUGGUUGAGAACAGGAGAUUUGUGCUACAUCGACGAUGAUGGAUUCAUUUUCGUAGUUGAUAGGUUGAAAGAGCUCAUCAAAUACAAAGGAUAUCAGGUCCCUCCAGCAGAACUAGAGGCUUUGUUGCUGACUCACCCUGAUAUUGCUGAUGCUGCUGUUAUACCGUUUCCUGAUAGGGAGGUUGGGCAGUUUCCCAUGGCAUACGUGGUACGAAAAGGUGGAAGUGAUUUGUCGGAAAAUGAUGUCAUGGACUUUGUUGCUAAACAGGUUGCUCCAUAUAAGAGAAUCAGGCGAGUGGCGUUUGUAGAUUCCAUCCCCAAGAAUCCGUCAGGCAAGAUACUUCGGAAGGACCUCAUAAAACUUGCAACCUCUGGCUCUAGGCUGUAGGAAAUAUGCUUUUAAUUUUUGUUUUUGUUUUUGUUGUGAGUGGAGUUUGGGGAGGAGCUGUGAAAUUGAUUGUCAUAGUGUUUGGCUAAAUCGUAUUUGGACUUUAUGCUAAAAGUGAAAUAUAUGUAUUAUGUUUUGAUAUCAGCUAUGUUGAAUGAAUCUCUUCUUUUUAUUAGACAAAA